ACUGCAAUUUGGUAUUGGUAUAACCGUUGAAAGGAAACUGUUUCUCACUUAUUCAAAUAGGCAUUGCAACAGAUCAAGUCCUUCAGUAACAGGAAGGAUACCCCAAAUUUGAACCAAAAUGUGGUUUCUACUCUUCGCGUAUUUCAUCGCAUUAUCCUCAGGUUCGCCUGAUGAACUUGAUGAACCUACUGAAGAACAUCAUAUUUGUGAAGAACACCCCUACACAGCGUGUGAAGCUCUAAACCUGGAAAAGUUUCUUUUCCCAGAAAAUGAAGAAGAAUUUGCCAAACUUUGUGUAGUAGUUAAAAGCUAUGUGGAAUGUAUGCACAAAUAUUCCAAAGCCUGUAACAUAAAGAUAUUCCCAGCGGCCGGAGAAUACGAAAGUAUCAAUAGCCUGGUAAGCGAAGUCUGCGAUAAAGACACUUUGCUGCAUAAAGCCUAUUUGUUAAGUGCUCCAUGUUACGAGUACGCGGUGUACAACCUCAGCGAAGUUUGCUUUGAACCAGUGGCAGAACUCUUUUAUGAUAUCGAAGUACAGAUGGCGCUAGAUUCUCUGCAUACACCUCAUAAAAACCCUGAGUACCUAGGAACUGCUAAACUGAAAUGCUUGGAAAAUGUUGUCAUUGUCUCUUGUGUGGCUGAGUAUGCAGCUAUAAACUGCCUUACUUACGCCGGGCAAGCUACUGUAGAAAUUGCUCGUCGAUCAUACUACGUGACAGAUUGCCCUACUGAAACCGUAAAAGAACUCUUAAUUGCAUUAUGGAAACUGGAUACCUAUCGGCCUUUAAAAAAUUCCCUGAUACGAACUUUGGAAGGCAUAACAUUCUGAAACUGAAGAAUUGUUUUCCAGGUGAACGAUUUCGAUAGCAUUUGUAAUUAAAUUAUAAUAUUAGUUUGGAAAUUUUGCGUACGUUGCAAAUUUAAAUAAAGACAUUUCUUUAAAAUCAUA